GGCGGGUCUUGUGAAAUGUCCUUUGUAAAGUGGCCGUGUGAAGGAGACGACGCUACAGACUGGAGCAGCAAUGCAGUUUUAUGUGUCUCGUCUCCUGCUGAUGGUGACCCGGGCUGCUCUGAAGGUAUCCGGUCUCCUAUUCUGGAUCUUAGUCUAUGUAGCAUCUCUUCUGUCAGCAGCGUCCUACUUGCCUGAUGCCCUGAGGCUCAUAGCCAAGGGACCGUUUAGGGCAUUUUGUUGGAAGCCACGUAAGGCCGCCCCAGCCUGCCUUACAAGCAGCAAGCAUGGACAACAUGGACACAUCCGCAUCAAGAAAUCUGGGAUACGUUUCCAUUACGUGACGUCUGGAAAAAAGGGGAACCCAUUAAUGCUUCUCCUGCAUGGCUUCCCUGAGAACUGGUACUCCUGGAGAUACCAGCUGGACGAGUUCUCCCAGGAGUACUGGACCGUGGCUGUGGAUCUCAGAGGAUUCGGGAGCUCUGACGCUCCUCCUGAACUCCAGGAUUACAAGAUGGAGACUCUACUGCAGGACAUCCAGGAUCUCAUUACUGGACUGGGCUACUCGGACUGUGUUCUAGUGGGACACGAUUGGGGGGGUACCUUGGCAUGGACAUUUGCUGUUCGUCACCGCAACAUGGUGUCCCGACUGAUCGUUAUGAAUGCUCCUCACCCAUCGGCCUUCCAUGAUUAUGUAUUGGCUCAUCCAUCCCAGCUCUUCUCCUCCCGUUACGUCUUCCUUUUCCAGCUGCCAGUCCUUCCUGAAAUCCUCCUGUCACUAGCUGACUUUGAGUACAUCCGGAAGCCCAUGGUAGAUGCCAGUAUGGGGAUCCAAAACGAGGAGCGGAAGCUAAGCAAGGAAGAGAUAGAGGCCUUUGUAUACUACCCCUCCCAAAAAGGAGCCUUAACACCUGCCCUUAACUACUACAGGAACUUGUUUGGAUUCUUCCCAGUAAAAUCCCAAGAUGUUCUUGUGCCCACACUGCUGCUGUGGGGGGAGAAUGACACCUUCCUGGAGGCUGCGAUGGUUCCUGAAAUGCAGCAGUACGUCCAUGCCCCACUCCAAGCCGAGAUUAUACACAAUGCCAGUCACUGGGUGCAGCAGGACCAGCCAGAGGAGGUCAACAGGAUCAUGUGGGACUUUCUAAAACGGGAGAUACCUGUGUUCUCACACUGACUGUACAUAAGAUGUAUAUACAAUGGUUUGUGUGUAGGAGUCUGGUUCUUUGAUGUGUAUAUAGCUGAUAACUGCCUCUAAAGCUUGUAUAUAGGAUUCAGCUGUAAUGCCCAUAUUGGAUGACUGGAUACAGAGAUCAGGAAAUCUAGCAGUAAUGUGUAUAUACAGUUUCUGGUUCUGAUCAGUGUGUGUAUAUAUCAUGAAAUCUAUAUAUAAUAACGUAUACAGUGUAUUCGGAAAGUCUUCAGACCCUUUCACUUUUUUCACUUUUUGUUAUGUUGCGGCCUUGUGCUUAAAUUUCAAAAAUUUUGUUUACCCCCAUCAUUCUGCACUCAGUACCCCAUAAAGACAAAGUGAAAGAGAAUGUUAGAAAUUUUUGCCCAUUCAUUAAAAAGGAAAGACCUAAAAGUAUUCAGACCCUUUGCUGUGACACUUGACAUUUAGCUCUGAGGGCCUCUAAUUUCUCUUUGAGAUGUUUCUACACCUUGACUGGAGUCACCUGCGGUAAAUGCAGUUGAUUGGACAUGAUAUGGAAAGACACGGCCCUGUCUAUAUAAGGUCUCACAGCUGACAAUGUAUAUCAGAGCAAAACCAAGCCAUGAGGAGGAAAGAACUGCCUGUAGAGCUCAGAAACGGGAUUGUGUGGAGGCAAAGGUCUGGAGAAGUGGACAAAGAAUUUCUGCUGCACUGAAAGUUCACAAGAGCGCUGUGGGCUCCAUAAUUAUUACAUUGAAGAAGUCUCGAACAACCAGGACUCGGCCUAGAGCUGGUCACCCUCCAACUAAGUAAUUGAGGGUGAAGGGUCUUGGUAAGAGAAAUGACCAAGAACCCAAUAGUCACCCAGCUGAGCUCCUGUGUGUAGAUAGGAGAAACUUCCAGAAGGUCAACCACCAAUCUGGGCUUUAUGGCAGAGUGACCAGAAAGAAGCCUGUCCUCCUUUAGGAAAUGGAGACAUUGCAUUGAGCAUUCUUUCAUACAGCAGAAAAUACAAUUAUUGAUGGAACCUUUCAGGUACACAACAUGGUAUUACAUACAAAAGGGAAACGGCAUCUUGGGUCGAUUGCUGUAAGGAUGGGAGUAUUCCAGUGGCCACAAAUAUUUGCAGUUAUUGUGGUAAGGGGAAGAGGAUUUUUGGGAUGUUUAUAUGAAUAUGAGGAUAGAAAAUGAACAAUUGGUAAGAUGCAGACUAGCGAUUGUAACUUCUUACCAGAGAAUUGACUGUCGGGAAGCUACGUGUGUUCAUUUUAAUCACAUGUAUUAUUUUCUGUUUUCCUUGACUUUACUGUAUUGAAAUAUCUUACCCAAUAAAACAUUGUAAUAAAGCCUCCCUUCGGUAAAAAACACAUGAAUGCCCACCUGGAGUUUGCAACAAAAAAAAAGGCACCUAUAGGACUCUCAGACUAUGAGAAACAAGAUUCUCUGGUGUUGUAAAACCAAAAUUGAACUUUUUUGCCUCAAUUCUAAGUGUCAUGUUUGGAAUCCCAUCCCUACAGUAAAGCAUGGCGGUGGCAGAAUCAUGCUGAGGGAGACUUGUCAGGGUUGAGGGAUAGGAGAAAGGAACAACAUGGACCUCAGACUGGGAUGAAGGUUCACCUUCCAACAAGACACUGACCUGAGCAUACAGCCAAGACCACACAGGAGUGGCUUAGGGACAACUCUGUGAAUGUCCUUGAGCUCUGACCUGAACCCAAUCGAACAUCUCUGGAGAGACCUGAAAAUGGCUGACCACCGUCCCCAUCCAACCUGACAGAGCAUGAGAGGAUCUGCAGAGAAGAAUGGCAGAAGAUCUCCAAAUCCAGGUGUAGAAUUGUGGCCUCAUUCCCAAGAAGACUGGAGGCUGUAAUCACUGCCAAAGGGGCUUCAACUAAGUCCUGAGAAAAGGGUCUGAAUACUUAUGUCAGUGCAAUAUGCUAGGUUUUCCUUUUCAAUAAAUUAGCAAAGAUAUCUAACAUUCUGUUAUUAUCACUUUCUCAUUAAGGGUUACUGAGUGCAGAUUGUUGGGGGAAAACAUGAUUUUUAUUAUUUUAUUUCAGCCCAAGGCAGUGACUUAAGAUAAUGUGAAGAAAGGGAAAGGUUCGGAAGACUUUCCGAACACACUGUAUAUAGAGAUCUGAGAACCCAGCUUUAAUUUUUAUAUAAGAUUAUUGACCCAGCUUGUACGUAGAGAUCGGGCCAUCACACUACAAUGUAUAUACGGUCACUGAGUAUAACUUGUAUAUAGAGAUCGGGCGAUCGCACUACAAUGUGUAUACGGUCACUGAGUAUAACUUGUACAUAGAGAUCGGGCGAUCGCACUACAAUGUGUAUACGGUCACUGAGUAUAACUUGUACAUAGAGAUCGGGCGAUCGCACUACAAUGUAUAUACGGUCACUGAGUAUAACUGUCGCCGCCAGAUCUCUGAGAAGUUCUUCAGUACCUCCUGCAUGAUGUUCUUUUGUUUUGGUUUCGCUUUGACAUCUCUUCUCCCUCUUCCAGCUGUCAUCUAUUAGCAGUGAUUGCCUCCCUUUAUA